AUGGACCGAAGGGCCCAUUACAAGCGCACCUCGUCCGCAGCUGGCGGUCGCAACGGCUCGGCAGAUGGCGCACACGGCGCGCAAGGGGCGCGGGGGCUGCGGAUGGCGCACGGGGCGCACGAGACUCAAUGGGUAGACACGGAGGCGGGAGUGGAAGGGGUUCAUCUCUACGAAGCAGAUCGGUCGGGGGGAGUUGAAAGGGAUGGGGAUGACGCUAGCAAGGCCGCCCGGGGAGCAGCGGAGACAACAGCAGAGGCGCAAGCGCCCGCGCAAGAGACGGCGCAAGAGACGGCGCGGUUCUUCCUUUACCGGCUGAUCGGCAACAACAUGGCGCCGCUGCAGUGCGCGGGGCAGCUGCUCCGCAACACGCUGUACGCGCUACAGCACGAGGCGCGCGCGCUGCGCGAGUGCCGGCGGCUGUGGGUACUGAACCACGUGGUGAACGGCACGGAGCGCGCGCUGCUGCUGGACGCGCUGCUCGCGCACGGCGUGGCGCCACAGGUGCGCGCAUGUGGGCCGCAGGGGGGCGCACAGUGGGGCGCACAGAGGGGCGCACAGAGGGGCGCACAGGGGGGCGCACAGGUGCGCGCAUGGGGAGCGCACAGGAGGGCGCACAGGGGGGCGCACAGUGGGGCGCACAGUGGGGCGCACAGGGGGGCGCACAGGGGGGCGCACAGGGGGGCGCACAGGGGGGCGCACAGGGGGGCGCACAGGGGGGCGCACAGGGGGGCGCACAGGGGGGCGCACAGGGGGGGGCACAGUGGGGCGCACAGGGGGCCGCACAGGGGGGGAACAGGGGAAAACAGUGACAUUCUUGUCCGUCGGAUCAACUACUCGCACAUCGCCACCCUUCCUGAGACCUCCUGGACCGAGGCUGUCACAGGUGAGGCGUUGACCGAGGCUGUCACAGGCGAGGCGUUGACCGAGGCUGUCACAGGCGAGGCGUUGACCGAGGCUGUCACAGGCGAGGCGUUGACCGAGGCUGUCACAGGCGAGGCGUUGACCGAGGCUGUCACAGGCGAGGCGUUGACCGAGGCUGUCACAGGCGAGGCGUUCACCGAGGCUGUCACAGCGCAGAACGAGGCGCGCAACUUCAUAUUGGACCAUGGCAGGGCAGCAGGGGCGCGGUGGGUGCUGGCGUUCGAUGGCAACCAGUUCAUCACCACACACGCCUGGGACCUCAUUCGCCGUGCGACUCUCAGGCAUGAGAGGGCCGGGCUGAAGCUCUUCAAGGUGCGGCUCAGAGUGGUGGGGUGUGCUGUGAGACGGUGUGCUGUGAGACGGUGUGCUGUGAGACGGUGUGCUGUGAGACGGUGUGCUGUGAGACGGUGUGCUGUGAGACGGUGUGCGCAUGGCAGUUUGGUGCCCAUGUACCGCGUGCACGAGGAGCAGUCGCCGCGCUGGCUGGCGGCGCGCACGCGCUUCCACGUGCUGCAGCGCUUCGCCCCGCAGAUGUGGGAGAGCCAAGUCGCCUUCCGCAACGACUCGCCGCACCGCUACACCCAGGGCAUGGCGUACGGGCGAGACAACAAGCUGGAGCUGAUCGACCGCGUGUGCGGCACGGGGCGCUUUGAGGAGGAGCAUGCGCUGCGCCGCCGCCAGCAGAUGGAGCAGCGGCGGCGGCAGAAGCAGGAGGAGCAGAAGAGGCGGAGGGAGGAGCAGAAGAGGCGGAAAGGGGAGCAUGAUGAGGAGACAGAAGGGCAGCAGCAAGGGCAGGCGCAACGAGGCCGGCGCUUGGUGCAUGUGGAGUGCGGUGCAGGCAGCAGCUUCAAUAACUCGACCGCGCAGGACUGUGUGGGGGGGGAGGGUGUAGGAGGUGAGGCUGUGGCACAAGAGGAGGAGCACGGUGCUGUGCUGCCUGUGCUGGGAAAUGCAGUGCAGCAGCGGCGGCGGCUGCAUGAGGCGUUGCAGGUGGACACGGGGCAGUGCGGGUGCCACAGGGAGGUGGGGCGCGACCACCGCAUUAAAGAAGCAGAUCCCGCCGUGGCACACGCGUGUGGGUACACGGUGCGCCUUUGGUACUUCCCUUGCCCCGGCGUGGACGGCAAGCGCAUCUUCGUGGAUAAGAAGUACCGGGCGGCGCUGCGGGAGGAGGGGCACCGCCGCCUGGCACAGCAGAUCAGACAGGCUGUGUGGCAGGCCAUGGGCCGUGGAGGAGAGGCGUCCGUGCAGGAUGGCUAG